AUGACACAUACAGUACCAGUUACAAACCAAGUUUGGGAUCAGGUCAUCCAGGACAUUGCUGAUUAUGUGAUCAACUUCACACCGACUACAGAGGAGGCAUUCACCACUGCUCAGUACACAUUGUUCGACGCUAUUGGUUGUGGUUUCUUGGCUCUCAAGUUCCCAGAGUGCACAAAGUUGAUGGGUCCCAUCGUCGAGGGCACCGUCGUGCCCAACGGAUGUCGCGUGCCAGGCACUGACUUUGUGCUCGACCCAGUGCAGGCAGCCUUCAACAUUGGCUGCAUGAACCGUUGGCUCGACUUCAACGACACCUGGCUCGGAAAGGAGUGGGGCCACCCAUCCGACAACUUGGCCGCUAUCCUCGCCGCCGCCGAGUACCGCUCCACCCUCAACGUCAAGGAGGGCAAGGCACCACUGACCAUGCGCGACGUGCUCAUCGCCUUGAUCAAGGCCUACGAGAUCCAGGGUGUGAUUGCCCUCGAGAACAGCUUCAACCGUGUCGGUCUGGACCACGUCGUCCUCGUCAAGGUGGCCUCGACCGCCGUCGUCGCCCAGCUGUUGGGUGGCACUCGCGACCAGAUCCUCGCCGCCGUCAGCAAUGCCUGGUUGGACGGCCAGUCCCUCAGAACCUACCGCCACUUCCCCAACACUGGCUCCCGCAAGUCAUGGGCCGCCGGUGACGCUGCCAGUCGCGCCGUCCGUCUGUCUCUGUUUGCUCUCAAGGGUGAGAUGGGUUACCCAUCCGUGCUGACCACCCCCGUCUGGGGCUUCUACGACGUGGCUUUCAAGGGCCAGCAGUUCAAGUUCCAGCGUCCAUACGGCUCGUACGUCAUGGAGCACGUGCUGUUCAAGGUGAGCUACCCCGCCGAGUACCACGCUCAGACCGCUGUCGAGUGCGCCAUCAAGCUGCACCCCCAGAUCAAGGACAAGCUGGACCUCGUCGACUCGAUCACCAUCACCACACACGAGUCUGCCAUCCGUAUCAUCGACAAGAAGGGCAAGCUCCAGAACCCAGCCGACAGAGACCACUGCAUCCAGUACAUGACUGCCAUCGGCAUGCUCUACGGCGACCUGGCCGCUGAGCACUACGAGGACGAGGUUGCCCUCAAGGACACCCGCAUCGAUACCCUCCGCGCAAAGAUGGUCUGUGUCGAGGCACCCCAGUACUCACUCGACUACCUCGACCCAGAGAAGCGCAGCAUUGCCAACUCGAUCAAGGUCAAGUACACCGACGGCACAUGCUCCGAGGACGUUGAGGUCCAAUACCCAAUCGGCCAUCGUCGUCGUCGUCAAGAGGCCAUCCCAUUCCUCUCCCAAAAGUUCUCAGACAGCAUUCGCGCCACCAAGCUCUCUGCAGACUCCACCAAGCGCAUCGAGCAACUCUACAACAACGACAAGGAGUUCCUCGCCACAACCGUUCCAGCUUUCAUGGCAUUGUUCUCUCUUGCCAAGUAA